ACUCAUUCAAAACUCAUUCACUGAGAUCUGGUUGCUCAGUGUGUGGAAGUCACCAUGAGGAGUUAUUCCUCUAACAUACCUACUACCCAGACUCUUGGAAUUCUUCUGCUUUGGGUCCCUUUUAUCUAGACUAGGCUUAGCCUCAAAAUUCUAGUGAUCUAUAGACACACUGAAAUACUGGCAUCAAGUAGAAAAACUUCAACAUAAGAAUGUCUAAUGUUAUAAAAUCUCUAAUGACAAAUAUGAUUAUAAAAUAUGAUUUCAAGAAUGUGUUUAAAAAUUCAUAGACUCGGGUUGGGGAUUUAGCUCAGUGGUGGAGCGCUUGCCUAGGAAGCGCAAGGCCCUGGGUUCGGUCCCCAGCUCCGAAAAAAAAAAAAAAAUUCAUAGACUCAAGUCCGUCUACAUAUGGUAAAUAGUGAAUGCCAUAUUUUUGGGCUUUUUCCUCUGAUUUACUUGAUUGUUCAUAACACCUAUUAUUUUAAUAAUAGUUAAUCAAAAGUAAACACUAAUGCUAAAAAUCGUGCUUAUUCAUUAGUCUAAAAUGUUACUUACUUGCUUUCUUUGCAAUUUCCUCUAAUCAAAAUUUCUCAUUCUACAUCCUUAGCUUAGUGUCUGCUUUUAAAACAAUUUACCACAUACUGUCCCUGUUAACCUUUACAUUAUCUGAUCCAUUACAUGUAAGCUGCUAGACUGAACCCCCCACUCUUAUAAAACAUGUCUUUGGUAGAAUAAAUUCAAUACAAUUCCCUGUACAACAUUUGAUUUCCUCCAAACACAUGAAGAGAGACCUUAGCUGCCUAAAACCAUUAUUAGAUGACUUUAUAGUAAAGGCUAACUCAAGUUUUAUAUUUCAAAUGCACAAGAUAAUCUGUUACCUUCUCAAUGUACAAACUCUCAUGUCUGUUUCUAUAGAUGAUGAUAUCCAUACUAUUUCAAAAUUUUCACCAAAAAAAAAAAAAAAAAAAAAAGCCAGUUUUAACAGAAUACACACCACUGAUUAAGUGAGAAGAAUACAAUUCUAAACCUUUGGCCUACCUGGUCUUGACUUCUGUGUCCUGCGGUGGGAUGUAGGAGUGCCUUCCUUUAACUUUUCAUGGGCACCAUCACCUACUGGAAAGAUGCAUGUACUGUCCAGGGAAGAACUUUCUUCUAGCAUCAGGGGUUUACUAGAAAAAGUACUCAAAGGCACAGAACUCUCACACAUACUGCCCAAGGAAGAAUUCUUUAUGUUAGAUGAACAUAUCUCAGAUAAAGGUUUCAACACCUUUGAGCGAAAGUCUGGCUUACUCUUGGCAAUUUUCUCAUUCUCCAAAUAGUUCUCCUUCUCAGUCUGUUGGAAGUAAACUGCCGUAAUGCCAUCAGUGUUUGGUGUUCUCUCCACUGCUCCACGGGUAUCAGAGGAUCUUAGAGGGGUCUUUCUUUUCUUUGACUUGGAUGUCACUUUACUACCUGUCUGGGCUGGGUGGCUUCCUUCUCUUACCACACUCAGAGAGAAGGCGUCUCCCAGUGUACUCACAGUGCUUGGUUUCUGCUUCUUUGGCAGGUUAGUCUGCUCUCCAGGGCCAGAAUCUGCUUCAUUUGGACCGUGUUUUAAGCCAGAGUCCAAGGUGACGGACUCCUGUGAAGAACCUGUUAACUGCAAAAUACACCUGUUCUUAUCUCCUGUCAAACUGUUCCCUGCUUUACAUGAUACCUUUUUCCUUGGUUUCUUAACUAGUGAGCAAAGAUCUGGAGUCAGAUCAUGAUUUUCCUCUUCGUUACUGGUUUUUUUCCCAAAGUCACAACUCAUAACAUCUUGGCAAUGUUUGAGCGAGCUUUUAAAGGCAUUCCCAUCUUCAUUAAUAGUCUCAUAUAUUUGGUUCAUUUCAGAAAUGAUUUUUGAUAUACUAACCUUCUGACGGAGCUCCUUAUUUAAUGGGUCAUGUGCACUUCCUUCAUCAUUUUUAUGUAUCUGGUUGAUUUUAGAAAUUAUUUCUGUCUUUCGCUUCACCUUUUGUCUAAGCUUCUUAUCUACCUUUGAGUCAGCUUGACAAGCAGGUGGCAUAUUAGGGUCAUGUCUUUUCAACCCCAACAACGGUUCAGCCUUAAAAUCACAUGACUUCACACUAUCUUUGUUAUAAAAAGCAGGCUUAUCAAACUCGCUUACGUCUUUCAAGGUUCCAGGGAUCUCUUUAUCCUUUUGUAGCAAGAAAGACUCAUCCUUUUCUGAACAAAGGACAUCUCUGUCAUUACUAAAACAAUUCACUUCAGAAAUUACUUCUGUCUUGCGACUUAGCUUCUGUCUAGGGAUUUUGCUAAUUUGGGACUUAUUCUGACCAGGGUAUAUACUAGUGAUUUGCUUGUGCAGAUCCAGAACAUUCUGGGUGUUACAGUCAUGUAAGCUUCCACUGUCUCUUGUGUAAAGAGGUGUUUCAAAUUCUUUUGAAGCUUCUAGGUUUCCACUGGUGGUUUCUUUAUUUGCUUGGGUUUGGAAGGGAAAGUUGCCUUUUUCUAGGACGUGAAUAUCUUUAUCAUUAUCCUCAUUUAUUUGGUUUGUAAUAGAAAUUAUUUUGGUUCUUCGAUUUAUUUUCUGCUUAGUCUUAUUUAUUUUUGUUUGAUUUUGCUGAGCAUUGACAUUCUUUUUCAAGUCCAAAAUUGUUUGAGUUUCAUGGUCACAUACAUUUUCAUUAUCUUUGAUGGAAAGAUGAGCUAUAUGAAAUUCAUUUGCAUCUUCUAGGUUUUCAGAAAUGUUCUCUUUAUUGUCUUGGUUUGGCAGUAAGUUAUCUUUUUCUGAUGUUUGAAUCACAAAUGUCUGCCGAGAAGGCUUACUUAAAUCACAGUGUAGGGUGUUCUGAUACGGAUCAAAUUUACCAUCUUGAAGGAAUUUGACUGAACAUCUGGAGAAAGGGUUUGUUUCCUCCUGCUCAUCUGUCGUAUACGUUUGCCUCCUCCUUUGAUUUUGAACGUUCUCCUGAUCUGAGCUCUUCUGGAAGGUUAUUUCCUUCUGCAUGUUUACCUGAGAUGGCUGUUCACUAUUGGAAAUACAGUUUGGAUCUUCUGAAUCCCCUCUGCCAUCUAGGACACCAGAGCCUCUCUCUGGUCUGUUUUCAGUCUUUCCCUCAGCACCUUCCGAACUAGCUUUACAUUUUCUCUUUGAUCUUUCUUUCUUCCUAUCAGAGCUUGGACCUUUCACUUUUCUGAAAGUCUCCUUUCUACAAUCUGCCUUUUUCUUAUUUUGACUUUUAUUGCUUUUUGAAAUUGUUACAAUCUUGCCUAUGUCAGUAGCAGUUAACUCCAUGUCAGCGUCUUCAUACACAGUUUUCUGCAAGUGAAAGGUAUCAGUGUUCUUCUGUACUUGUUCCAUGCACUUUACAUUAGGACCACUGGAAGACUCAGAAGGAAGGAAUACUUCCAAAUUACACUGAUGUAAGGAUAAAGACUGUCUUGAUACAGAAGAGGUACUAUCAGGUGAUCUGACAGGAGAAAAGAACUUUGAUGGAACUAUUUUUGAGCAAAACAAAGAAAAUAGGUCUGGGGCUGUGAUUGUUUCCAAGUUUCUGAACACCUAAGGCAAAACGUUAAGUGUCCAAGGGAGCAAUGGCUGGCCACGAAGCAGAGGAGAUGCGAGAUAUCCUUCGACUGAACGUGGGCGGCUGCAUUUACACAGCUCGGCGAGAGUCUUUGUGCCGCUUUAAGGACUCUAUGCUGGCAUCUAUGUUUAGCGGUCGUUUCCCUCUCAAAACAGAUGAAUCUGGGGCGUGUAUUAUUGACCGUGAUGGACAUCUAUUCAAAUACAUUUUGGACUACCUCCAUGGGGAGGUUCAGACCCCCUCGGACGAGCAGACCCGAACCGCCCUGCAGGAAGAGGCUGACUACUUUGGCAUCCCUUACCCAUACAGCCUGUCUGACCACUUGGCCAAUGAGAUGGAGACAUAUUCUUUAAGGUCAAAUAUAGAACUUAAAAAGGCUUUAACAGACUUCUGUGAUUCCUAUGGCUUAGUUUGCAAUAAACCAACAGUUUGGGUCCUCCACUAUCUUAACACAUCUGGUGCAAGCUGUGAAAGUAGAAUUAUUGGCGUCUAUUCUACAAAAACUGAUGGGACAGAUGCCAUUGAUAAGCAGCUGGGAGGAAGAAUUCAUAGUAAAAGCAUUUUCAAAAGGGAGGCGGGGAACAAUGUCCAGUAUAUUUGGAGCUACUACUCAGUAGCCGAGUUGAAGAAAAUGAUGGACGCCUUUGAUGCUUGGGAAGGAAAAGGUGUAAGCUACUGGCGUGUGCCUCAUGAGCUGAUAGAGUGUUGGACUUUGGAAGAACGGCCUUUACAUGGAAGCCUGCGUCAUAUGGCCCCAAUUCGAAAGAGGCGGCUGAUAGCCUUUGGGGAAGAGGAUGAAGGUGUGAACUGUAAAACUGGUCCUAAGCCAGUCAGAUUUUUGGGCCCUUCUACAAGUACCCAAAUUAAAGUCAAGAACUCUGCUUCAGUGAGGGUGUCACCUGCCAAUGCUGCCCAGAUCUCCUCGCAGGCUACAGCAAACCGCUCUCAAAGAGGCAGUUGUGGAAAGGCAGCCCAGUGCUCUGUGGCCACAGGGGCAUCUGGACAUGCUCCUGCUUCUCCUAAUGCCCAGAGCGCUGAAAACCAAGCCACACAGCCACCUCCUGCCAAGGUGCUCCUCUCUGAUAAGAAGUCUCCACCCCAUCGAGUGAUCAAGCUGAGGAGGACUCCACUGUGUGUGGGGCCUUCCCUGCCAACCCCCUCAGCAGGGAGCCAGGCCAGCUUCCCCCAGCAGCCCUCUCCAGAAGCUUCCAACACUUUGGGCGUGCAGACUGAGAACAGGAAAGACCAGCCUGAUGGAUAAGUGGGCUUGAACAGCCUGUUUGCCCCACAGCUUCCAGCAUGCUGAUUCCGACGGUGUUCCUGAAAGGGAAGAUCUAAACGUGGGUGUUUAGGAUUAUUAUUGCAGGAAAAGUGAAUGCCAAUGUGGGAGUAGACGGAGACUUUAUGGUCAGGGUCAUUAUUUACUUUGCAUUUUCCUGAGGUUGUCUAUGUGCAGUUUGAUUUCUAGUUUUUAAUUCUAAGCUUUUUAAAAUGGUUAACUGAUACAAGGCAACCAGGGAGUAAGAAGUCUCACCUUUUUGCAGUAGUAUUAAAGUCUUCGUGUUACUCCUACAGUCCAAGCGUAGGAGUGUGGUCUAGGCCUAGGUUUCUGUCAGAUGGAGAGGGGCACCUAUGCUGGCCACGCUGUAUGGCGGCCAGGAGGAGAGGUCUCAAGAGGGAGUGUGACCACCAGCUGCCCAUAGUUGCUUAUUUUCCAAAGACGAAAUGAAGAGAAGUGAUGGGGGAAGGGAAAGCGUAUAGUGAAAGCUCAGAUGGUGAUCUUACUUGAUUGGGCCAUUUUCUUGUCUAGAUUGGCUCUUUGCUUUGUUCUGUUAGCAGCUGUGUCUUUUAUUGUGCACCACAAGGGGAAUGCAUGUGGUAGGAGCUGUAAAACGGUUUUUGGAAUGGUUAAAAUAUGGUCGUUUACUUUGGUGAUGUUUUGAAGUACUUUGAAAAAGAGAAGUUAGACAAGUUUAACUUUUUUAACUCGUUAGUUUAUUCUAGAAGUGGCCAUUGAAGAGUCCUUCUGAUUAUACACUAUGCUUCGUGCAUACAAUUUCCAUAACUUGAAUUUAAUAUUUUUAAACAAAAUCUUUUGAUUAAUCUAUUUUUUCAUGACCAUUGGGUUAUCUGUACUUUCUCUUACAUAUUAUGUUUGGUAAUUACAUUGUACAUUUCUACUUCCCAUGAGCCCUGUGCUUCCGUGUUUCUAGAAGCAGGUCCAUAGAGCAGGGUGCUCCUUACUCAGAUGCUGGCCACUGCAUUGCAUUGCCUUGAAAACGUGAGGCAGGUAUACUCAUGACGUUUCUUUUUAAGUAAAUAAAACAUUUCC